UAUAUAUAUAUAUAUAUAUAAAUUAAUAAUUGUAUCUUAUAGAGUCAAUUCAUUGAAAACGUAAAUUUAUUUCAUUUGUCAGAUGGAAUUAUUAUUUAUUUCCAAAGUAGCAUGCUAUUAUCUGCUUAAAAUUUUAUAAGAUAGGGUGAAUAACUAUAUGGAAUAAGAAAUUCGAUUUCAUUUCAUAUAAGCGUUACGAAAGCUAUAUCUAUAGUUCAGCUUUAGUGAAAAUUUCUAUCGUUCACAACAGAUAUUCAAUCUCUAUGAGAAUUUAGUCAUAUUAUGUUAAACUUGUGCUCUUAGAAUAUAAUCAUUUUAUUAUAAUUUUUCUAACUCUCGUAAUUUAAUUCACAAACUUAAAAAAAUAGGUUAUAAAAAAAUGGAAAGAAUUAAAAAAAAAUUAUAUAAAAUUAUAAAAAGAAAAUAAUAAUUAAUUCAAUUAAAGGAGAAAGGAAACUUGGAUAAGUGAAAAAAAAUGUAUAAAGCCGAAUUUUCCAUAAAGCUUCUUACAAUUGUCGGUGUUCAUAGACCAAUAAAUUUUUCAUCGUUCAAUAAAAAAAUUCUUUAUAGUAUUCUUACAUUAUUUAUGUUUAUUCUUAUCUUUUCUUAUUAUAUUUCAUUGGGUGCAUAUCUUAUUCUACAUUCGUUAAAUGACAUUGACGAUUUUGCAGAAACUUUAUGUUAUACACUUGCAGUUUUUAUUGCUUGUAUAAAAAUGAUAAAUUUUCUUCUAAAACGUGAGGAUAUUAUAAAAUUAAUAACUAUUUUAAAUGAAGAUUGUUUAAAAUUUCGUGACAAUAAAGAGAAAAUAAUUCAAGACAUUUGUGAUUACACAGCUAGAAGGAACACAAAAUAUUUUUUCAUAAUAAUCUUAAUAACAGUGUUAACAAUGACAAUUGGUGGUUUAAUGAAUGGAAAAAAUAAUUAUAAUUUGCCAACGAAAGGAUCAUUUCCAUAUAAUUAUUAUAAUCAGAAAAUAAUAUUUUAUUUAACAUAUAUUGUUCAAUCUUUAUCAAUUUAUUUAUGUGGUACUAUAUCUGUUGCAUCGGAAACAUUUGUAAUGACAAUGUUGAUUCAAAUUUGUUCUCAGCUAGAUAUAAUAUAUUAUCGUUUACAAAAUUUGCCACAUUUAUAUAGUAACAAUAUAAGAUCUAUUAUAUUUAAUGAAACAGAAGAGGAGAAAAUUUUUAAAAACUGUAUUGUACAUCAUAAUUGCGUGAACACGUUUAGUCGUAAAUUAAACAACAUUUUUAGUAUUGUAUUUGGUAUUCAAUUUUUUGCAUCAAUUGUAAAUAUUUGUACCUUUGUAUUUAAUUUAUCUAACAAAAAUGAAAUUAAUAAUAGAGUUUUAGUUCAAAGUAUGACAUUAAUAUCAUUUUUAUUUCAAAUAUUUCUUUAUUGUCAUUUUGGAAAUGAGGUAAUGUUAAAAAGUUUGAAAUUAGCAAAUGUUAUUAAUAUGAUGGAUUGGACAGUAUUGACAAAAAAUACAAAACAAGGAAUUCUUCUAAUCUGUUUACGCGCAAACCAUCCAAUAACUAUAACAAGUGGAUCUGUUAUUCCUAUGACUUAUGAUACCUUUGUUAAGAAUGACAAAUUGACAGGCUAUGGCACUGGUUUGGCAUUGAUAUUUGGUGGAUUGGCAAAGGGAAAAAAUAAUAUAAAUUUACCAUUGAAAGCAUCAUUUCCCUAUGAUUAUAAUCAAAAAUUAGCAUUUUCUUUAACAUACAUUGGUCAAUGUUUGUUCAUUCAUUUUUCUGCUUUUAUAAGUAUUGCAUGCGCAACAUUUCAAUUUUUUGCAUCAAUUAUAAAUAUUUGUACUCUUGUAUUUAGUUUAUCAAACAAAAAUGAAAUUAAUGACAGAGUUAUUGUUCAAAGUAUGGCGUUGAUUGCAUUUUUAUUUCAAUUAUUUCUUUAUUGUCAUUUUGGAAAUGAAGUUAUGUUAAAAAGUUUGAAAUUAGCAAACGUUAUGAGUAUAAUAGAUUGGACUUCAUUGACAAAAAAUACAAAACAAGGACUUCUUUUAAUUUCUUUACGCGCAAGUAAACCAAUAAUUAUAACAAGUGGAUACGUUAUUCCCAUGACUUAUGAUACUUUUUUCAAGAUUUUGAAAACAUCUUACGCAGCUUACAAUGUACUACAAAAUGCCACUUAA